AUGACUUCGCAGCGGCCUUUCCCCGCAGAUGACUUCAGUAUCUACUACGUCCUCGCAGAGUGCGCCAAUUGCUAUGAUACCAUUCCAGUUAGCAAGGCUGGUGAGGACAAGCCCCAUUUCCAGGGUGUGACUGGCCUGCGGAAUCUGGGCAACACAUGCUACAUGAACGCCAUCUUGCAGUGUCUUUGCAGCAUCUCACCGCUAGUGGAAUAUUUUCUCUCCGGAAAGUACAUCACUGCUCUUCAAAAGGACUGCAGUAAGGUUGCCGCUGCCUUUGCCUAUAUCAUGACUGACAUGUGGCUCGGAGACUCAGACUGUGUCUCACCAGAAAUAUUUCGCUCGGCCCUUGGCAACCUCUACCCAGCAUUUAUGAAAAAGACACAACAAGAUGCUCAGGAAUUCUUGAUUUAUGUCCUGAAUGAACUUCAUGAAUCUCUGAAAAAGUGCCAGCGAAGAAGAUCAUAUGAGAAAAGGGCUAUUCCAAGAUGCUGCAGAAAGGCGGUCACCAGUGAGUCCUCCAUCAUCACCCGGCUCUUUGAAGGGCAGCUCAAUUACAGCAUCAUGUGUUUAAAGUGUGAGAACUGCACCUACAAGAACGAAGUCUUCACGGCCCUCUCCCUCCCCAUUCCAUCGGAACACAAGUGCUCUCUUCAGGACUGUCUCCAGUGUUUUUUCCAACAAGACACACUGACCUUGAACAAUCAAAUUCAUUGCUCCUUCUGUGACACUAAGCAAGAAACAGUUUUGAGGGCCAGUAUUUCCAAAGCACCAAAAAUAGUGAUCUUUCACUUAAAAAGGUUUGACAUUCUGGGUACAAUGAAAAGGAAACUGAGAACAGAUAUUCAUUACCCACUCACUAACUUGGACCUGACUCCUUACAUUUGUCCAAUAUUUCGGAAACAUCCUAAAUAUAAUCUCUGUGCAGUGGUGAACCACUUUGGUGAUCUGGAUGGUGGCCACUACACUGCUUUCUGCAAGAACUCAGUGACCCAAGCCUGGUUUAGCUUUGAUGAUACACGAGUCAGUGAGAUUCCAGAUACUUCAGUUCAAACUGCUACAGCCUAUCUCCUGUUCUAUAGCUGCCAGCCCUUUUCUAUACCUAUAGAAAUAUGCAUGAGCUAG